AUGGAUUCCUCAAAGAUUAUUAACUUAAUUCUAGCCGUCUUCUUACCACCAAUCUCUGUCUUUUUAGUUAAAGGUUGGGGUAAAGAAUGUAUCAUUGACAUUGUUUUAACCAUCUGUAUCUUCUUCCCAGGUAUGUUGUAUGCUAUCUACACCGUCUUAAAGGAAGACUAA